UUGAUCUUGAUAAUAUUAAUUAAUUAUAAUUGUUUUAAAUAAUUUUUAAAUAAUAUGGCUGAUGCAAAUGACAAUUUGGUGCAACAAUAUAAAAUAAUAUGUCCAUCACCAAAUGAACUUAGUGUUAUUAACAACAAUAUCAAGUGUAAUCAAUGUGGCUUGAUAUUUAAAAAUGAAUCAAGUCUUCGUUUUCAUGAUGUCAAAAGUCAUCAACGUAAAAAUUUAGAAAAAACAGACAAAGAAAUUAAACUUCAUUAUCAUUGUCCAGAACAAACAUGUGUUUAUUCAAAAAAUUCAUCAAGACAUUUUACAACAAUGAAAUACUUGAAACAGCAUUAUUUAAAAGUACAUGCAGAUAAAAGAUAUUCAUGUACACAAUGUGAUAAAUGUUUUUCAACAGAAGCUGCUAAAUUGGCUCACAUUAGAGUAUGUGGCCUUGAAUUUACUUGUAGUUGUCUCAAAAUAUAUCCAUCUUAUGAAGCUCUAUUGACUCAUGCACGAAGACAGACUCAUCAUGUUGAUGAUAAAUACAAAAAUAUGUUUAGAAAAACAAAUUCAUCAAAAGUAUCACCACUACCAUCAGCACCACUGAUACCACCACUGAUACCACUUGCUCAGUAUAUUAAUAUUGGAAUUGCAAAAAAACCAAUAACAAUUCUUCCAUAUAAAGAAAAUUUUACAAUAGCUAAAUGUGAAAAACCAAGUACCUGUGAUUCAUCAACCCAAACUGAUGAUAUUAAAAAAUCCAAAAAAAUUUCAACACUUGCUAAAAUAAAUAAACGUCGUGAAUCAAGACAAACACAAACAAAUUAUUUAUCAAAAGGAAAUAGCAAUAAAUAUUGUAGAAAAACAGUUGAAACUCAAACAACUUCAAGUAUUCGUGAAGCAGUUAAAAAAACAAAUCGUAAAUCAAAGCAAACAUCAUCAAAACAUACAACAACAGCACCAGCACCAGCAACAACAACAACAACAACAACAAAUAAUAAUGAUAAUAAUAUAUUUUCACAUGAAAAAUCAUCACUUGAAUUACAUGAUGACAUUGAUCUUCAGUAUUAUUGGAAUCAACGUAAUACAUCAUCAGAUGGUACACAAACAGAUAAUGUUAGUAUACUUCUUGAUGAUGUCUUCAACAACAGCAGCAUGACUUAUCCACAAGAUUAUUAUGAUGUCACAAGAAUAUCUGAUCCAUUAUUGACUGAAGAAAAUUUUAGCAGUAUUGAAACACAAACUGAACAACCAUCAUCAACACCAUCAUCAUUGAUGUUUCAAGAUUUUGAAUUAACAUCAACAAACAUUGAAACACAAACAACUGAAGAUUACAAUGAUAUUGAACAACUUAUUUAUACAAAUAUGUGUACACAAACUUGCAAUGAAAUAUUACCAUCAGAAUUGGGGCUAUCUGAUACACAAACACAAACAGCAUGGCCAGAUCUUGAAAUAAAUAAUAAUUCAAAUGAUCAAACAACACAAAUUCAUCAAUUUGUUGGCACACAAACUAGUCAUACACAAACACAAACUGAUUUAUUAAGUAUUUUUGAUGAACUUCAAUAAUAAAUUGUAUUAAA